AUGGCGGAGAUGGAAGCCGCCAUACAACAAGACAGUGCCAGCAGCUGGGAGUGCUACUCAGAAGGACCUUCUGGCUCCAGCUACCCAAGCCCCCGACCACUUCCGCCCUCUGGCUCCAGUUUCAAACAACCCCCUCCCGCGCCCAUCGCCAAUGGUGUCAAUGGCAAUAUCAAUGCAUUGGCGUCGCACUUAAGCAACGGGAGGAGAGAACCACAGAAACCGGGAGACUUAAGACUAAAUCGGAGUGGGAAAGGACUCGAUGGGCAAAGGGUGCCAAAGACGAUGCCUGCGCCAUAUGUCAAAACGCAGCCACAUGUCUUGAAGAAGUAUUGGAGCAAAUCGCCGUCGCUCGUCAUACAUCUACACCCUACGCACUUCAGGUUCGAUCAGCAAGAUGACAGCUUCUUCGACGGCUCGCCGAUGAAGUUCAUUCUCGAGCACCUGAAGUCUUAG